AUGAGCAGGUUAGUUGUGCACAAGGAGAGCCUGCCCGCGCAGGUGGGCAUCAAGCGUCGCCGCGCCCCUGCUGCGGCACCCACCGCCUCCUCCCCGACCUCCUCGGCGGUGGAGGGAGAAAACGGGGACGUAAAACCACCACCACCGCCCGCAACGGAGGGUGUUUGCGAUAACACCGUGGACAGCUCUCGCCGUGAAACUGUGGAAACAAACACUGGCGAGGCAGACAGGGCACACCCCGUCGGUGCUGUUCCAGAAGAUGAGGAAGAAGUCGAAGAGUCAAGCGACGACGAAGACAUGGCGGAGUUGGAGCGGGAACGUCGACGUAUUGAGCAGCUGCGCCAGGAAAAGCAGCGGGCGAAGGAUGAGAAAAUUGGCGGCACCGCCGCUUCCGCCUCCGCUGCCCCGCCCCACGCGACAGGACCCGGCAACCAUGCUCCGAAGACUAGUGGUAGUAGUAGCGGGGGCGUCUCUUCUUACAACCAUGAUGUCUUGUUUCGUAGGCGCGAGUGGCGCGAACAGAACCUUGUAACCACAACAGACGGGGCGAAAAGGAAUAAAAAGGCGAAGUGGGAGGCAGUGCAAAACAACGCCCAGCAUUCCGCAGCGUUUCGCCACUUUAUGAAGAGUCACUUUAGGUGA